CCGGAAGUAAACAAACACCAGACGAACGAAAAAUGAAACUCCGUAUUAAGUUUGGUCGGGAGACGAAAGUUCAGGAAUUAGAUGAUACAUGCUUGGUUUCGAGCAUAUAUGAUGUGGUGCAAGAAUUGUUUCCGCGCUUGAAAGGGGAGUUCAUAUUGAGUCUUAAUAAAAAAGAUUCUUUGGAUGUCAACAAGACUCUGGCUAGCCAAGGAAUUGUGUCAGGAGACCUUGUUUAUGUGGUGGCCUCAGGAGAUGUGGAUACAGCCAUACCUAUCAGUAAACCACAACUUCUGUCUAAGGAAUGGACAGAUUCAGUGCAACAGUCAUCAGGAGUAGGUAGUCAUGGUAACUUCACACAGACUGUACGCUCUGGGGCAACAAAUUCCGCCCUCAUGGACACAUAUUUGGACAAAAAUGUUAUAGGUUCAAACCAGCAAUCAACGUCUAGUGCUUCAGAGACAAAUAUUCAUGCUUGCCAGCAGGUAUCAGAAAUGGACACCCAAGAGCAAACAGGUAGCACUACAGAUGAACAUGUGGACCUGAGUGUGGUCAACAGAUAUUUGAAUGAACCUGUGUUAUGUCGAGAGAGCCAUGGGCUGGUUGUACCAGCCAUUCUUAGUGAUGUGUACGAGAGUGCUGCCAUCACAUGUCCUACUGAGGCUUUGUGUACUGUCCUACAUGUCCUAAUGUUGGAGACUGGCUACACUACUGUAAAAAAGAUAUCCAGUGUUCAGAAAAGUUUGGCCAAUGAUGAGCCUGUCUCUCAGAUAAAUCCUGAUACCAGUACUUUACAUGGUAGCUGUGAUGUCCCUGGCCCUGACAGAGAUAUGCCAGGAGGAUGGCGAGAUAAGCCUGGUCAAUAUGGCCUGUGUUAUACACAUGUACAGACCAACUGUUCUGAGAAUACUCCCAGUUUUGUUGUAACCUGUGCUCCUAUGGGUCCAGUCCUGGUGGUGCAUGGACAACUGCGAGGAAAUGAGGACAACUGGUCAUGCCGUGUAAACCUCAACACAAAGGAUUUCAUCAGAACCACAUCUCAUAAAGGAGCUGCUGGCUGCUAUCAAAACUUGGAGAAGUUGUCAAGAGUGUUCAAGGAUGUAGUAGCCCUUCCAAUGCUUCAGCACUACAGAGCAGGACAAGGUCUACCUCCACUCUAUGGGAUCUUUGCUGUCAGCCACGAAGUCAAACUGAAGAUUCUGGGAAUGUUGGAUGUUGUGAGUUUGCUUAAUAUGUCGGAGACUUGUAAGGAAUUCAAUCAUUUGAGCAAGGACAGAUAUGCCUGGAGACGUGUUUAUCUGAAAGAUUUUGGCAAUCGAAAUAACAAUAAUUUGGCACAAGACUGGAGCAAGCUGUACCGACAGGAGUACCGGCUGAGGAAGGAACGGAGAAGAAUAUGGAAAAGGAACCCAAUGCCAAUGUUUGGUCCUCCAGUGCUUCCUUCCUUUGGAUUACCUCCCCCUGGACCCUUCCACCCUGGCAUUCUCAACGGAGACCAUGAUCUAGAUCCAGUAUUAGGCCACUAUGAUCGGAGAAUGAUGCCAAACUCCCUGAUUGAACACAGAACACAGCCCAGCAGUGCUUUGUUUCGACCCCGCUUUGACCCUAUAGGACCUUUGCCUGGUCUCGGUCUCCAACCAGGAAGAAACAGCGGUCCGCGAGACAGAAGGGGGCCAUUUGGUGGAGGGUUAGGUGGAAGGCAGAUGUUCUAGUGGACAAUGUGGUUAAUGGAUAAAAAGGGUACAUGGACUUGUAUUUCACUUUUUUGUCAGUAAGGAUGAAAAUAUUGUCAUAAGAAUGAAUUUCAUCCCAUGGUGAGCAAGACUUCUGGGCCCAGUUGUUCAAAAAGUGAUUAGGCUAAUCAUAAUUUAAUAACAAUUUUGAAAUCCUGAUGAAAUCAUUUCUGGUUAAACUAACUUGACAAAAUUUUAUAAAACUAUAGCAGCCAUCAGUCUCUUCAUACCUGCUUAUUUUGAGGAAUACACACACUCGGGUUUUGAAGUAAAUGAGAAAUGAGAUUUUCCCUGAUCAAGUGAUUAAAGUAAUCACCUUUUGAACAACUGGUCCCUGGUUGUAUUUCAUAUGGAAGAAAAGGAUGUUCUUAAGCAUCAGUUUUAUAAGGCAUAAAUCAUUUUUCCACUGA